AUGCGUCUCUCCAACUCUCUCGUCGUGGGUGUUGCGGCCGUUCUCCUCGCAAGCGGCAACGCUUUGGCUCCAGCCACGGGUGCCGGCCAGGCUACCGUUUCGAGGCUGGCGUCGUUGGAGUCGGGCAAUCAGAUUGAUGGCCUUGCCAAUGAGAACAAGAGGUCUCUGCGCGGCCGCGAAGCUGCGGACAACGAUGACGGCGCUGUCGACGAAGAGAGAUACCAGCAAUGGAAAAUCAUAUGUAGCAAGAAUUUGUGCGACUAUCCUGCGAUCGUACUUAAUCGAAGUGGUGUGUGA